GUCGGGAUCUGGUAGCCUUGUUGGGACUCUGCUGAAACGCGCCCCCCCACUCCCUUCCUCCUCCCCCUCCUCCCCCAGGCGGAGCCGCGGAGACAGCAGCGCUCUCAGAGAGGGGGAGGCAGGGGAGAGCGGAGAGAGAGAGACAGGGCUGUUCGUCCAGCCACCUUAAAAAGCCAUGAAAGAUCACCCGGCUCGACAAUUCGAUUAAAAACAGUUCUCAUCUGAAAAAAGCAUGUAACUGAAGAAAAACACCCUCCCUCUCCCUCAUGUCCCUUCAUCCACUCUGACGAAGAGGGGAAAAGCUUCUGAAGGAAGUUCUCAAACCUGAACCUCUCAGAUCUUGACGGAUUAUAAAGCAGACGAACAAGGAGAAGAAGAAAAAGUUGGGACUUGGAGUCCGAGGAUAUUAAAGCUAGUCGACAAAUGAUGCUGGAGCUCAGCCAUGACAGAAGUUCAGGAGAGGGUUUUUUCCCACACUGAGGAUUUUCUCACACGUGUUUUAGCCGUUUAACCGAAGCAGGUUUCAGUUCACCCGGUUAGCUUUCCCAGUCAGCCCAGUCAGUGUAGCGGUCUCCGGUGACUCUGCUCGGGUCUCAGGCAGCAUGAGCGGAGGGCGCUUCGAGUUCGACGAUGGAGGGGCGUACUGCGGCGGCUGGGAGGGCGGGAAAGCCCACGGCCACGGCAUCUGCACUGGACCUAAAGGCCAGGGGGAGUUCUCCGGCUCCUGGAAUUACGGCUUCGAGGUGGUGGGGGUCUACACCUGGCCGAGCGGAAACACCUACGAAGGCUACUGGUCCCAAGGAAAGCGCCACGGUCUGGGCGUGGAGACCAAGGGCCACUGGGUCUACAAGGGCGAGUGGACUCACGGCUUCAAGGGGAGAUACGGCACUCGCGUUAGCUUAGCGAGUGGAGCCAAAUAUGAGGGGACCUGGAACAACGGCCUACAAGACGGGUACGGAACAGAGACCUACGCUGACGGGGGCACCUUCCAGGGCCAGUUCACUGGCGGGAUGCGGCAUGGCUAUGGCGUGCGCCAGAGUGUCCCGUAUGGCAUGGCGGCUGUGGUGCGCUCGCCCCUGCGCAACUCCCUCACCUCCCUGCGCAGCGAGCACAGCAACGGAACGCUGCUGCAGCAGGACGUCCCAGUCAUCACAACCACCAAUGCCACAGGACAGGAGACGCCCUCCCCCACACCCAUAGGGCCAGCCCGGGGUGGCUUUGCCCUCACCUUGAACGUGGACCCAGACCUGGUCAAGCCAAAGAAGAAGGGCCUCUUCCGGCGUGGCUCGCUGUUGGGCAAGUUGACCAAGUCAGAGUCACGAACAUCCCUGUCCAGUCAGAAGAGUAAGAUCAGCUUCCUGCGCAGCGAUUCGGCCCUCAGCUCGGCGGCCAGCGAUGCCAACUCCACGGUCAGCCUGGGCGAGAGCGAGGGCGAAGCAGAGGGCGGCGAGUUCCCACCAGUGGAGUCCGACAUUGAUGCAACCACCACCGAGGUGUACAUGGGUGAGUGGAAGAACGACAAGCGCUCAGGUUACGGCAUCAGCGAGCGCUCCAGCGGCCUGAAGUACGAGGGCGAGUGGCUGGACAACCAACGCCAUGGCUACGGCUGCACCACCUUUGCUGAGGGCGGCAAGGAGGAAGGCAAGUACAUGCAUAACAUGCUAGUGAAGGCCGUGAAGAAGAAGGUGAUCCAGCUAAAAGGCACCAAGAUCAAGCAGAAGGUGGAGAGGAGUGUGGAGGGAGCACAGAGGGCCGCCGCAAUCGCCAAGCAGAAAGCAGAAAUAGCCAACUCGAGAACCGCCCAUGCUAAGACCAAAGGAGAGUCUGCUGAUCAGGCCGCUCAGGCUGCUAACAAUGAGUCCAGUAUUGCGCGAGUGGUGGCCAGAGAACUCUCACCUUCAUUCUAUCAACCAGGCCCAGAAUACCUGAAGAAGCGAGCACUGCAGGAGAUUGCCAAGAGCAACGAGAACGCCGAGACAGGCAUUCAUGAGCCGCUGCUGGCGGAGGAGAGCAUGCCCACACCUCCAGAGAGCCCCUUCAUGCAUGAGAUGGAGACCCUGAAGCCAAACAUUAGUCCAGCACGCACACCAUCACCUGGCCCUACCCCUACUGCUGCCCCAGACCCCAACUUCCUCAGCCCCGGUAGCUGGAACGGGGACAGGACCAGCAGAGGCAGCAGCAGCAGGGGCGGGAGCCGGCCAGGUAGCAAACCAAGCAGUCGGCCUACGACUCCAUCUUGUGCUGCUCCAGUUCCGGCUGCAGCUCCAGCUCCAGCCCAAGAGGAGCCUCCAGCGCCCAGCAGUAAGGUCCCAUCCCGUUCCCCCAGCCGCCAGAGUGCCAAAGCUGAGCAGGGCUCUGACAUGGAGAUCAAGCCCUUGCAGAAGAUAGACAUGGAGCCGAAAGCAACAGAACCUGCCCCAGCAACUGCCACAGCUCCAGUAAGGACCAGCCUCGUCUCUUCCACUGACGACGAAGAACCUAAUUCUUGCCCUGCCCCCAAAGUGUCCUCCAAAGCCCAAGAAACCCCAGAGCCCAGAGACUCUGAGGACAACGAGCCAACACCUGAACCUCCUGCCCCAAAGAUGGAGAGCAAGUUGGAGGCCAGGGAGGAGAGGAAAGCACCUAGCAAAGCAGAAACCAAACCUUUAUCAAAACAAGAACCUAGCCCAGCUCCAAGACUAGAACCCAGCCCGGCUCCAAGACAAGAACCCAGCCCGGCUCCAAGACGAGAACCCACCCCAGCUCUGAGACUAGAUCCUAGCCCAGCUCCGAGACGAGAUCCUAGCCCAGCUCCAAGACGAGAAGCUACACCAUCUCUGAGGCGAGAAGCUAGCCCUAGCCCCGCUCAGAGAAGAGAACCUAGCCCAGCUCCCAAAGCUGUGACUAAGCCUGAACCUAAGCCUGUGCCUAAACCAGAGCCCAAAGUCAUCGCCAAGCCAGUCGCUAAGCCAGCUCCCAAGGUGGAGCCUAAAGCUGAAGUGAGGCAGAGGUCUGUGGUGAAAGCCCCGAGUGAAGUGGCAGAAGCCACAGAACAAGAUGAGGGGCCAAAUACGAUUAUGAUCUGCAUGGUCAUUCUGCUAAACAUCGGCCUGGCGAUUGUCUUUGUUCACGUCCUUUCCUGAUAGAAGAUGUCCAAGAUUUUUAUUCAAACCGAGACCAUCUAGAGGAAAGAAGGAAGAGAGAGGAGCUGUAAUGGAUGCUAAGCGCUCCGUCUGAGGCUCCGCAAAGUCUCAACAGAGGCCCUCUCGAGCCACUUGAAAGACUAUACCUAUAGAGUAUGUAUUUGGACUGAAGGGUGCCAUAUGAUGAAAGUGUUUCUGUGCUUGAAUGCUGGAUUAGCUCAAUGAGGUCAAUGAGUUCGCUGCUGUUGAGAAAGAUACGUCCGCAUUUAACAGUGCCAAGUACAUCCCUGUUGAUUCACUGACACAAACAGAAUCUAAAGACUUUUCUUCAAAGGGCUGCAAACGUAUCGUAUACACGUCAUGCUCAGGAUUGUCACUGCUUGUCCAGCUGUGGAGGAUAAAUGGAUCCACAACGCCAUGAAAACGAGUUCAACCUGCUCUCUCUCUCAUUCAGAUCGUGUGAAUUAACAAAAGAAAAGCAGAGUCUGAUCUAACCUGUUGUAUGUACAGGUGUUAUUAGUGUGUGUUAAUGCGCACAUAAUGUCUUAAAAUCCUCGUGCUGCCCAUAACGCCAUCACUCUAGUCAGCAAACACUGAGACCAGGUUAGUUUGGCCUGAAGUUUACCUGCAGUCUUCGAAUAAAAAAAUAUAAGACAUGCUCAUUCAGUCCCAUUGAUUGGGCUCAAUAUAAUGGACUCUACUUUAUUUAUUUACCGACUGAAAUCUAAAGCGUUCAAAGAAGGGCCUGCUGAUAUGUACGGCAACAGAUGUGAGUAUGAUGGGAUGUCUAUAAGUGUCAGAUGGUUUGCGUCAUUGAGAAAUGAGAAGGCUUUUCUUUCUUUCAACAGCAUCCCACUUCAGAUGGAGUUUCUAUUUCAGUGUCUGAACGAUAUCGAUCAAAACAUUGUGAUAAAUCUUUGAACGGAUGAGGAUUGUUUGGCUGAAGAAUUGUACUGUGAAGACAUGACAGUUGUGUAGUUUGUGCGCUUUUUUUUUUUGCCUGCCAUAGACGUACCUUUAGUGUGUAAUUACUACAGUGACAACCUUUGAGCGUGUUCAAAUCAGGGGCUGUUUUUUAUGCAUGGAUUCCAUUGUUUUGUACAUUUUUAAAUAAUUACAUCAACCGCAUGUGUCUUCUCAAACGUUGCCAAUACACACCGCCUUUUUUUUUUGUUUUGUUUUGCCCUCUUAGGAUAAGAACUGUUACCUCAGCUGUGCAAUGGAGCUCCAGGUCUUAUAGUAGAAGGUAGCUAAAUGCUUUGUUUAUACACACUGCCCAAGUACAUGUUCAAUAGUGAAAGAAAGGAUUUGAUCUUUUUCUGUUUUCAAGAUUUUUUGCUGGACUUGAAUAGUAGUUAUGGAUCCUGAAGCAUUAUCUAGCCAUUUGUUGCGAGUCCCGUUAACCGAAGGUAUAAAAGCUCAUCAGUAAUAGUUAUGGAACAACAGCAUUAGUCUGUCUUGGCUUUUGACCUGUUUUCACUGGAGUGGUUUGCAAUGGAUGACCUUGUCUCAUUUGAGUCCCACCCACUGUUCCCACGUUAUGAAUGGAAGUCAUGAAGAGCUAAAUAUUUAUUCGUUGGUUUGUUUUUGUUUUUUUGUUAGUAUUUGGACACAUUCAUUCAUGCUUUCACCAGCUGAAGGUUGCACAGUUAAAGUAUUCAGAUUGGUAGCGUAUGUCUUUUUCACUUCCCUUCACUUUCCCAGCCUGAUGGUUUAAUUAGUGCAUAGUCAUGUUUGUACUUUGGACGGAAAAAUGAAAUCAUGGCAUUCAAAAGACUGAAUUUCGUUCGUGUUGCGCUGAACAGUCCAGCUCAUACCCACUGAAUGCAAAUAAAUCCAUUUUUCAACUGUUA